CGUUAGCAAAACGCUAUCGUUAAAUUUCGAUGAAAAACAAAUAAACAAUAAUUUAAUAUUUACAAGGGAAGAUUUAUAUAAGAAUGUCGUGUGAGUCAUCGAACGUUAGUCGCAAAACGCGUGAGAACUCCAACGGAGCCAAUCACGGCGCGAGAACGAGACGAGGAAAAUCGGUUAUUCGUAUAUACGUCACGCAUUGUACCAACAUCGACGAGCUUCAAUUGUUUUAACGGAAUAAAAGUACACGAUCGUCUUUUGUUAGCGAACGUUAAAAUACGUUAGGAGAUUAUUUUCCGUUACAUCGAUCGACCAAUCAUCGAAGAGAUUGUGGAUCGGAUCGGGCGCCGAUUGGUCGAUACUCGUAGUCGGUUAACCGUCGUUUUUAUUGCUUUUACGACAAACGACGCAGUUCGUUCGAGCGCGUUGCACGGACCGCGCUUUUUCCACGGGGAAAAAGAAAAGAAAUAAAGCAAAUCACGAAAUAUCGUCGAAUGUGUCUCGAGAUCUUCCCGCGAGUCUUUCGUUCCUUUUUUUAACGACGAUACCAAAAGGAAAGGACGACUUCUCUCGUCGGUGCUUUUACAAUUUUUAUCGUCGAUCAUUCGCUAGAGAAGGGUGAUAAAGUUCGAAGCAGAAGUGUUAUCGGAACGCUUUAAUGGUGAUAUUCGCGCGAACGAGAGAAGGAUGAGAGUGCGAAUAAACGACGAUACGAGUGAGUGAGAAAAAAGAUCGUGAAGUUUUUAUUAGAUCGGUCAAGAAUUUUUCGGUAUAUUGUGCUCCUUGGAAGGCCGAUUCGUGUCGAACAAAAAUUGGUGCCAAUUUAUACUGGUGAAGGUGGACAACGUUGAAGUGUUAUCGACGGUGAUUCGGGUAAUGAGAAAGUGUGGAAGAUGGUGUGUCGUUGGCUCACCGUUCCGUUGCUCUCUGGUUUUUUGAUCUUCAUUGAAGUUAUUACGGUUGGUCAAGGUACUUUUGCUCGCGAUCAAAAACUUGCGGAAAGUGUAACGGGGAAUCAUAACGCCAGUGGUGCUCCGAGCUUCGACUUGAACGUUCAACGGAACGUGACGACGGCCGUAGGACAAACGGCCUUUCUUCAUUGUCGAGUACAUCACAUGGGCGACAAGGAGGUAUCCUGGAUGCGGAAAAGGGAUAUGCAUAUCCUUAGCGCUGGAAUCCUUAUGUAUACCUCAGAUCUGAGGUUCCUAGUAAUUCAUCCGGAAAAUUCUGAGAACUGGACGUUGCAGAUCAAAUCGCCUCAAGAACGAGACUCCGGAGUUUACGAGUGCCAGGUCAGCACCGAGCCAAAAAUGUCGUUGAACUAUACUCUCAACGUCGUCGAGGCACGUGCAAGGAUAAACGGAACCUCGGAUAUUUACGUCAAAACUGGCAGUCUAUUGACAUUAACCUGUCUGAUGUCCCAAGGACCUCAUCAUUUGGGUACAGUCGCUUGGUAUCGUGGUAACCAUGCUGUAGUUACGUCUCCGCGAUUAGAAAACGACGUCAACGCGGAGCCACGUAUUACAGUUGAAACGGAAUGGAGCGACGCUCUUACAUCAAGAUUGAGGAUCACUCAUGCGAAAUUGAGCGACUCCGGGAAUUACAGUUGUGUACCCACCUUCGCAAAGAAAGCAAGCGUUACCGUUCACGUUAUCAAUGGAGAACAUCCAGCCGCGAUGCAGCACGGUAAUACAGCCGCGGGCUCGCCAACGUCGAAGACCGUUCUCCUCCUGCUGGUCUUUUUCUUGGGCAGAUUGAGAUAAUGUGCGAGCGCAUGAACUCAAACAAGUCAAACCAAGGCCUGAAGACCUUCUACGGAACGAUUUGAAAAAAUCACGAGGCGGGAAUUUCGAACGAAUUUUCUUUUAUUCAAAUUCGCACCGAAGUCGUCUGAGGUAUGGAACGCUAUAUAAAAGAGUUGCAACAUGCGAAAAGUACUCUUAUCGAUUUUGAAAGGAUAUGAAAAUAAUAUCGAUAAUACCGAUCGAGUUGAUUCGAAAUCGAUGGAUCGAUAAAUUGAAGGAGAU